AUGGACUUCGACACGGACGACGAGGUACCUACCAUCGAAAUCCAGUCCGAGGAAGAGCCGGCGGAGGAUGUACUCAAGCUGCCGGCUAUGGCCGGCGUCGCGUCAAUGGCUGAUGCCACCUGCGCGGUCAGCGACGACGAAGACCACGACGGUGCUGGCCUUUCACAUCUUCUUAAUUUCCCAGACGCCGGUUCUCUCGGUCUUGGAACGUCGUCACCACCUUGCAGUCCUCUAACUUCGGCCAGUGCGACUCCGGAUUCAGGGAUCUUCCACCUUGGUCAUGAUUUUGGGCAUUCUGAACCUGGCCUACCCUACUCAGACCCUGGCCCAUCGGUUUUAGCAGAGCUUCAGGAGACCAUCGAUCGAACUGAAAGGGAGUAUCCCGCCUUGCUUGAGAACACCUUCAAUUUCCUGACUGGACCACGCUUCAACGAGCCAUCGAGCGUCGGGUCUACGGAUAAUAUCUUCAACCUUGACUUAUCCGCGCGCUGUGGCCUCACAGCCAGCAGUGAUCCCACAGGACUCUUAGAUCCAACCACCCCUCCAUUAGGCACAGUCUCCGAACCGAUUCCAGAUACCUCGCAAAGGAAGAAGCGCCGUCGGAAGCACAAGAACCUCCCCUCCCGCACAGAAUCCCAUUCUCAACGACCCAAGACUCGCCGCACUACCAGCAAGAUGCAUGCUGGCCAUGGCAGGUCAUACAGCCCUUACGGUUCCCCAUCGUCCCAUUCGUUGUUGCUGCCGCGUGGGCCAGCGCCGUCCACUGCAACCCUAGGUCGCGAUCACGAUAAGCCCUCCACCUCUCGCCUUCCCGUAUCGGCGCUCACCACAGGACCACCUCACCCACAAUCUUCCCCAAUCAUGGUACCCCGUCGUCACCACGGUGGCUCCCCAAGGCCCGACUCCCCGUCUCUAGUGAAACGAACAAUCCCCCAUAUCAGGCACCGCUCACGGUCAAGCAGUCCGAUUCCGGAUACCGUGGACUUCCCUCGUCCUCGUCAUGGUCACACUCGUUCGUCAAGCGAUGUAUUCCGACAACACGUCCCACAUUUCCUCAGUUCGUCUAACCUGCCUUCGUAUAACCCAGCAACCAACAACCAGUUUCCACUCAGAAACGCCCAGUUCGAGGGUGACGCGCACACAGCAACCCAGAGUUCCACGGAUGCCGGGCCCCGAGAAGGACCUGGACCAUCGAGUGUUCCCCUCUCUUCCAUGCGAACAGCCCUCCAGGAUAACUCAUCUAGCGACUCCGAAGGCUCCAUGGACGAGUCUCAUGAGAAGGCUGAAGUCAAUCAGUCACGAAGGCGAAGAGGCUCAAUAUCUUCUUCGUCGGUGGCGUCUUCGAGGUCGUCGGUCCCACCGCCUCCACCUCCGCACUCGUCGACAUCGGACGGGCCCCCGGGGGGCUGGCUAUCGGUCAACGCUCGCAAGCGUGCCAGUCUCCAGGAAGAGAUCCGCCCACGCAGGGACUCCUUUUAUAGCGAAGUGGGCAGUGACGUCGACGAUAGGGGCGGCAAGAGGCCACAGAUACGUCGUCUGUCUUAUCCUUACCCAAGCAGCAUCACUGGGAACCUCACUUAUCCGACAUCGAGCCUUGCCGCUCAUGGAAGCUUCUCUCCUUCAUCGGAAACGUAUACCUCGACACACUCGCCGUCAAGAGAGUCUUCUAGGGAUGGUAGAGUACCAUUCCCAUCCGCCUCACCAGAAGCACCGCCCUUCCGUGAGGGUAAUCAUAUCCGUCGUCACUCCCUCCAGGCUUCUUCGUCCUCGAUUCUUCCUUCUGAGCCACUCGGCCGCAGAGGUUUGCCGAGGAGGACGUCACUCCUGGUCCCAGAGCGUCACCCACGGGAGAGGCUUACUCGGAGAGAAGAGGCCAGAAGCUUUGACGGCCGCACCCUCCCUAGCCCCGUCAUCAGUGCUCUGAGAUACAACUCGGAUACCUACCUACCCCCUGUCUCUGCUCUCACGGGCUACGCUGGCCCCCACCGUAGGCGAGAGUCGUACCAAGAGACUGACGAUGGCUCGGUAUAUGAAGAGGAUGAAGACUAUCGAUCUGACGUGGGUUCAGUUCGGAGCGCCCGUGAAGCAUCGUCAUCAUACACCGCUCCCGCUCGCAUCAUCGACCCUCCCCGACGUGACUAUGGACCGCCUUCGGCCGCCUCAUCUGCGCCAUCUAACAGCACUGACGCGGCAGCAAUGGCGUCGAUUGGCGGGGCUGUGGUAUCUGGCGUCGGCUUGAUGGCCAACAACAAGACUCACUACCGUGCGGUUGGCUCCAAGAAUAUCGACAUGGCCAGCGAAAGAAGACGGAAAGGCGAGAAGAAGUAUAAGUGUCGGUUCGAGGACUGUAACAAGAUGUUUACCACCAAUCAAAACCGGCAGAUUCACCAGUGGAAGCAUACAGGAGAGAAACCUUAUCGUUGUGGCUGUGGCUAUGGAUCAGCGAGCCGCUCGGAUUUAAGGAGACACUUAAACAGGAAGAGCAUGCACUCGACAUGCAAGGAACUACCAGUAGACCAGGAAUACCUCAACCUACUGUCACAAGCUGUGGACGAUUGA